UUGGAAGGAAGCAAGUUUGCUUCACUGUUGGGAGUGAGAGAGUAACACACAGAUAACUUUUAACUUGUUAUUAAAAAUAAAAACAAAAGCAAUCAAAUUAAAUAUUGCAAAAUAAGUUACCAAUGCAAAAAUGGACGAAUAUGAUGAAAUGUACGGGAUUGAAGAUGAAUUUGAAGACCAAUUUGCAGAUGAGUUGGAUGCUAUGGCUGAAAUGUCUGACUGGCCCCCCGUUUUAACAAUGACCUCUAAAUUCAGAGACAAUAAAGAAACUUUUGAAGAAGCUAUUGCUGCAGGGGACUCCACUGUAAGCAACUGUGUUAAAAAUAAACCAAACUCUUCCAAACCGGCCUCACAGAAGAACGACACUUUGGGAAAAGCAAGGGAUCAGGAUCCACCAAAAAAGGCAGACGAUGCGCUUCUUCAUCUGUCUGAGGAUGAGGAGCUCCCUGGACAGAUACAGGAUUAUGAGCCCCCUCUGACCCCUAAGCCAAAGCGACAGAGGCUUGAUGCCGUUAAGAAGCUUGACUUUGGAUUGGUUAACUCUAGCCCUCCCGAUGACAUCACCCCACCCUCCUCUCCCGAGAGUUAUUCAAGACGAUCAGAGAUCAGGAGUAAAAAGGUCCCAGGCCUGGAACUUCUUGACAUCAGUGACAUGGCCCCACUGCAGGAAACCCCAUUGAAAGUGGAGCAGAAACGUGUCCUUAAGAGACCACCGAUCCUCGAGGAUUACAUCAAUGUGACGUCCACUGACGGCUCCCGCGUCUUCCUGGUGUUGAAGGAUGACUGCACCAGGACAGGGGUGGAGCUGCCAGACACUGGGUUUGGAUGGAAUGGUCGCAGACAGCUCCAGCUGUUGGGAGUUCCGUUCUCUUACCUGAAGGAGCAAGUUGCUGAGGAGCGUCACCGACAGGUGAUGGAGGAAUCACAGAGACUGACUGAGCUGAUAAGCAGUCAGCUUGACAAGGAGUUUGGAGAAACAGAGAGUGAAGUUCUGAAUGAGAAAAAUGAUAAAGGUGACAGUGAGGACGAGAAUGAGGAGAACCAAGAAUCAAGCGCCUGCCGUCUCUGGGUUGAUAAAUUUACCCCCAGACAUUAUACUGAACUGCUUAGUGAUGAUUUUACAAACCGCUGCCUGUUGAAAUGGCUGAAAAUGUGGGACGUGGUCGUCUUUGGGAAAGAGAAACCAGUGAAGAAAAUGAAACCGGCAGUCCCAGACAAGCGGCAUCCUUUCAAACAGCAAAGUGAGCAGCAGAACCAGAAGUGGAAAAGCAAGAGCCAGAUCACAGAGGAGAUCCUGGAGGCUGACCUGGACCAGCACAACAGGCCAAAGUAUAAGGUGGCGCUACUGUGUGGCCCUCCAGGUCUAGGGAAGACAACUCUGGCUCAUAUCAUUGCAAAACAUGCUGGAUAUAAUGUUGUGGAAAUGAAUGCCAGUGAUGACCGUAGCCAGGAGUUAUUCCAGAAGAGAAUUGACACGGCCACGCAGAUGAAAUCCGUCUUGGGAGUCAAUGAGAAACCCAACUGUCUGAUCAUUGACGAGAUUGAUGGAGCUCCCACUGCAGCGAUCAACGUCCUCCUGAGCAUAAUAAACGGCAGGGAUACUAAAGAUGCGGAGUCAGGAGGCAACACCUUGAAGAAAAAGAAGAAAAAGGAAUCUCUGUUACUACGUCCAAUCAUCUGCAUCUGCAAUGACUUAUAUGUCCCAGCCCUGCGGCAGUUGCGUCAGCAGGCGUUUGUGUUGACCUUUCCCCAGACGCUUCCCUCCAGGCUUGUUCAGCGUCUCUGUGAGAUUGCUAAGCGUCAGGGGAUGAAUGCAGACACAGGUGCGCUCAUGGCCCUGUGUGAGAAAACGGAGAAUGACAUUCGAUCCUGUGUCAACACGCUACAGUUUCUUCACGGCCGAGGGAAGAAGGAGCUCAGCAUGAAGGUAGUUGAGACGAUGAAGAUUGGAUUGAAGGAUCAGAAUAAGGGACUCUUCACAGUCUGGCAAGAGAUCUUCCAACUUCCCAGAAUUAAAAGGAAGAGGAUCGACCAGGACCCUUUCCUGCUUGACCCUGUGCUUGGAAGGGAGGGCGCUGAGCGAGGGGGUGUGGCAGGGAGAGGGCAGAACAGCGCCACUGCUCAGAGGUUCUACGAUGCCCUGCACCUGACCACCUCCACGGGGGAGCACGAGAAAGUCACGCAGGGGCUGUAUGAUAACUUCCUGAAUAUGAAGUUCAAGGACCCGUAUCUCAGUGCCGUGUGCCUUGCCUUGGAGUGGCUAGAAUUCACGGACAUGCUGAAUGAAACGAUCAUGCAUGGCCAGAACUUCACACUCAUGAGGUAUCUGCCCUUCUUGCCUGUCUGUUUCCACCUGCUGUUUGCAGCUUCCAGCGUGCCCAGAAUUGCCUAUCCCAAGAGCAACUAUGAGGCCCAGACAAAGAAGUUCCAGAUGCAGAACCUGCUGACGGCUAUGAUCUCGGAGAUUCAUCCUUCGAUCCGCAGUCGCUUGGCAGUGCAGUCUCUCGCCUUGGAGGUGCUCUGCCCACUACUGCAAAUCAUUUCCCCAAAGCUCAGGCCGGUGAACCCACAGCUUUACAGCACACGUGAGAAGCAGCAACUCGUGGACCUGAUCAGCACCAUGCUGUCCUACAACCUUACCUACCGACAGGAGCGCACCCCGGAGGGACAAUACGUCUACCAGCUUGAUCCCAACGUGGAAGAGAUUUGCCGGUUCCCCAGUCUCCCAACUCAGAAGCAGAUGACCUAUCAGGCGAAGCAGAUGAUUGCUCGUGAGAUUGAUGUGGAGAAGAUGAGGAGGACCGAGUCCAUGCUGCAAGCCCGCAAUGCUGACCGGAAAACAGAGGUGCAACAUCAGGUAGAUGAGAAGACAAGCAAAAAAUCAGACGGAAAAUCGACUGUGAGGAACCAUCAGCAGAGACUGGAAAACAUUGUGAAGCAGGCUGUCGUGGAGGAGAGGCCAGAAGUUGAUUUCUUUGGACGGGCAAUUUUGAAAAAAAAAGUUCAGUUGUCUACCACUGCAGGAGAUGAACCAGGCAAGGCGUGCAUAGAACAGCAUAUUGGUAAAGCAGUGGGGGCCAGCGAUGUUUGGUUCAGGUUUAACGAGGGAGUUUCUAACGCAGUGAGGCGCAAUGUAUAUAUUAAAGAUUUGUUAUAAAAAAUAAAACCAUUGGAAAAUAAGUUCUGUACAUGUAUUUAAAAAAAAAAAAAAAAGAGAUAAGACUUAAUUGUCAGACACAAUAAAAAAUCAAAGUUCAAGCUGUCUAAAAAUGUUUUACUUUUAUUUAAUAUGACAAACUUUUGUAAAACACAACAAUAAAAAAAAAAAAAAAUUCCAGUUUUAUCAUUAAACUAGUAAUUGUUGGUAUGCAUGAGUCCUGCAGUAUAUUUCUCUUCAAGGUGUAUUUUAUGAAAAAACAAAAGGUAUAAUGGAUUUUCUUUACGAAUGUUUCAGCAAUAAACAGAUACUGCUGUCAAGCAUCUGCAAGAUGGCUCCUAAAUUGUGUGCAAUCAUAAUCGUAGCCAGAAACUCAACUAGGUCUCUGAUGAUCACACGAUCAGCAUCCUGAAUCUGCUUUGUUUACAGCUAGAAUGACGUGUAAAAUAUGAAUACAUUCCCUUUUAGUAUGCUCUGUACAAAGCAGUUGUUGAAUGUGAAAUGGUAUGUUGUAUUUUUUUUUGGGGGGGGGGGGGAAUUCCUCAAAGCUGACUGCCCAUAAAUAAAUAA